GACUGUUGGAUAAAGCAAAACGCAUUAUUUACCAGAAAGCAGCGGAAAAACAAAAGUUGCCAUGGCAAGUGAGGAUUUGUUUCAAAAUGAUUACUCCGAGGAACCCGAUCUGGGGCAGGACUUUGAUAAAGGCGAAGAAAUGAAUAUAGAGGCGGCUGAACACGGCGCUGAACAGGUUGAGCAGGCGAUUGAACAAACUAACAUACCGAGCUCCGCGAAUGUUGAUCCUUCGGCUUCCACGACCACUGAACAGGCAAAAACAAGCAACGCCAACAAGACAUCUGAGCACGAACAUGACGCUAAACUCACACAGCUGCCGAUGGGUCGCAUUCGAAAUAUAAUGAAACUGGAUCCAGAUCUCCAAAUCGCCUCAAAUGAGGCUGUUUUUGCCGUAACAAAGGCCGUGGAAUUGUUCAUAGAAUCGUUAGCGCGCGAGGCCUUCACCUAUACGGCGCAGGCCAAGAAGAAGACCGUACAGAAGCGAGACGUGGAUCUAGCCAUAUCCGCUGUGGAUAGCCUUAUGUUCUUGGAUGGCGCAUUGAAUUUUUAACAACAGGAAAUAAUAAACUGCAUCUAUUGUGAUAUUACAAUUACUUCUGAUUAUGUUUUAUUAUAUGUGUAUAUAUGCAGCUGUAUAUCCACUCGUUGUUAUGCAGCUCCUCCACAGUAUGAAGAAAACGCUUAUGAUAUGCUUCUAUUAUAAUUUGUAUUUAUUUGGGAUAGUGUUCGUCGAACAGAGAGAGAAGUAGAUUUUAAGUAUUAUAUUUGAUUCAUUCUAUUUUGAAUGCGCACAUGUUUGUUAAUAAUUAUAUAAAUAAUAAUCAAGUAUAUUAGACAAUUAUGUUUUUCAUUCUCAUUCACAUGGAUAACGUGGAAAGCUUUGAAUGGAAACGAAGCCGGAAAAUUAAUUAUGAUGUGCUUUUUCUUUUAUGUUUGUUUUUAUUUAUUGAAGCCGUUUCUCAUACUUACUUUGUCGUUGGGUGUUUCUGUUAUUUUAUUUUUGCAUUUACUUUUUUUAUUUUAUUUGUAUUGUUUAUCUUCAUAAACUUAUUUGAAAAAUAAUUCCAAAACUUACGCUAACAUUUUGUUAAGAAUAAUUAGGGAUUGGUUGUUACGAUUGCAUAUAGGUGUGUGUAUAAUGUUUUUGUUUUGUUCUCUUGUCUCUUUUCUUAUAUUAUAUCUGAUUUUGUGAAUUGUUUUUUUCUUUCUUUUUUUUUACGAUUUUUACAAAAUAUUUUCAAGUUUGAUAU